AUGGUGUCGUAUACGGGUGAGGCUGGUCGGUUAUUAAGUGAAACACUGGUGCGACCGUGGUUCGCACUGUACCACCAGCGUGUUCCCCGUGAGCGUCACUGCGAAGACUGCGAAAGCACGACUGACGCUGCUGAUAACAAACUCAGCACUGCUCGUGUCGAACAACCGGGUCCAGCGAAGACAAACCUGUCCCCAGUGGAACAACUUCCUGGGGACGUCUUGCGCAGCGUCUUCGAACUUCUCAGUCCCGCUGACUUAGCUUCAGUGAGUCGCGUCUGCCGUACGUUCUUAUCGAUCGCUUUUGAUCCUGCGCUGUGGCGAAGGCACUGUCUUGAAGCCUGGGGUGACAGAGAGUCUCUGACGAGACUCACAGCAGCUGCCUGCGGUUACGGUGGCUGGCGUCGUAUGCUCCGCAGUCGAGCGCACCUGCAGUUCCACGGCCUAUAUAUUCAGAAACAGCAGUACCUCCGAAUUGGCGGUGAUGACGGCACUGGCUCGCGGAGAGUAUUCUUCAUAUCGUUCUACCGGUACCUGCGUUUCUUUCCUGGUGGAAAAGUUGUGGGCAUGACGACCCCCGAGGACCCGCUUGUAAGCCGGGCCCGGCUGCAGUCGACGCGCUGGGAGGCGUCGCACCAGAGCUGGCACCACGAAAACAACGCCGGAGCCGGAGCUGGUACCGACCAGGUCGUACCAGCUGUAGGAGACUACCAGUUCGACGAGAAAACGCGCAUGGUAUCGGUGACACUGCCCAUCUAUCAGCCGCGUUAUGCAGAGAUGCAAGGCGCGCUCGCCUGCUACGUCCUGGAGCUCAGUGACGCCGACGGACGUCCACGAGGUGCCAACGACAUGCUGCGACUACUCGAGCACUCUACCCUGAGCGCAGAUGGAUCCGCGCCUUUGUACCACGAGGUGAAACCAUCGCAGGCUCUUUUUUAUUUCACGCCAUUCGGCUCACAAUAUCGCCGAGUUGCGGAGAAACUAUUCGCGGAUCCGGAAGACGUGAAAAUGUUCAACCGAGUACAACUCAUGCAGCGGCCAGCGAGGUUGCAAACACGUAGAACGAACUGCACCCGCACCAAUGCCGUGAACUGA